GCGUGUGUGAGUUAUCAUAACUGCCUAGCAGGACACGCUCGUUAAGAUCAGGCCUCCCCCCUCCUUGGCACACCACCGGUGGUAGAAAAAAUGAACAAACUGAAGCUAAUUAGCAAACCAACCUUUUUCAUGCACAAUGCGAAAAGGAACCACCUAAAUUACAAGCUGUAUUUAAAGUAUAAACAAUGGGAUUUUCUGAAAAAGGAAAUUGUUGACUACUUCAAUUCGCACAGUAGGGUAAGCACGGUGGUGGAUGUGCAGGGUAGAUGUUGGGAGAAGUUUAAAAAGAAGGAGCUGCUGCAAGUGCAUGGGUAUAUUCCCGCCAUAAUUUGGAAGUACGGACCAGAGCAGCGAAUUUGUAUCGACCACAAGUUGAUUGAUGAGUACGCCUUCGAGGAGGAGGACGGCCACCUGUCUUUGCUGUUCUCCGCAAGGCUGUUCAGAAUUCACAUCGAUGGGAACGUCGUCGAGUGUGUUGUGUCACACGUUGAGACAGAUCCGGUCGAAAAGCACAUAUACUUUCUCAAGUUUGCCAGAGUUGUUAAGAACCAAGUGACUGAGUUGAAUAUCCCGUGCAGCAUCGUCGGUCUUAUCGGCUGCCCUGCGUACGUCAAUGGGUACCACGUCCAGCUAGCGAUGAACUACAUAAAGUGCAAAGUGAUAGGAAAUAAUAUUCCUCCUCCUUUUCAAAUUGACGUAUCGAAGCUAACUUACAGGGAACCGUACAAUUCGAUUAAGUUGGGGGAGUUAAAGCACCUACUGCCGGACGACGGGAACGUAGUUUUUUCGGAGGAGUAUGACCUAAAUGAGACAGAAGUGGUGUGGACCUAUGAGCCCGGAAAGAUUCCGGAGACGCCCCUGCCAGAGGAUUACAUGGACCCGAACUUUAUAAACAAAAAGGGGAAGCGUAUUCAGCUCACGUAUAAGGACUAUUGGCCUAAGCAGUGACGUUACGGUUAAGCGGAUACUCCAACAAAGGGUCUUCAUACUGCUCAGUCAAACUGCAUCUGUUUGGUCCAUUUUGUGGCUUCCCUCAUUGUGUCUCCUCAUUGGAGGAAAAUAAUUAUGGAGCUGCACUUGAGGCACUUGCGAUUUUUCAGAAUGGUGCCUGUGAGAAAAGAAGGGGUGGGAAAUGGGAAGAGGCGACAUUGGAACUGCAUUGGUUCUCAUUUGGCAACGAUCGGACGGUUAGAUGAGCAGAGUAACCUCCCCAAUUUUACCGAUGCCGUUUUUGCUGCCGCAAAUGGAGCAGAGGAUGAAAAACUUGUUCACAUUUU